AUGGUGACGCUGACAUUGAAUGGAAGUCCUAUUAGUGGUGAAUUACAUUUUCUGACAGUUUGCUUUGUUUUCCUUUUUCAGGAUGCGUCGUCUGCAGACAUUCGGAAAGCAUAUCGAAAGCUUUCACUAAUUUUACACCCAGACAAGAAUAAAGAUGAAAACGCAGAAACACAGUUUAGGCAAUUGGUGGCCAUCUAUGAGGUUUUAAAGGAUGAAGAAAGGAGGCAGAGGUAUGAUGAUAUUCUGAUCAAUGGACUACCAGAUUGGCGACAGCCUGUAUUCUACUACAGGCGGGUGAGAAAAAUGAGCAAUGCUGAGCUGGCAUUACUCUUGUUCAUUAUACUCACAGUGGGUCAUUAUGCUGUGGUUUGGUCAAUCUACCUGGAAAAACAGCUGGAUGAACUGCUUAGCAGAAAAAAGAGAGAGAAGAAGAAAAAAACAGGUGGCAGGAGUACAGAUGAAGCCAAACUUGCUGCUCUAGACAAAAAUGAAAGAGUACUGGACAAACCACAAUGGCAUGACUUACUUCCAUGCAAGCUGGGAAUAUGGUUCUGUCUCACUGUGAAAUCUUUACCUCAGCUAUUCCAGGAUGCCAGACAAUUAUAUGUAGAAUAUAAAGAAACAAAAAUGAAGGCGAAAGAAGAUGCCCUGGCUAAGGCUGAACUUGAAACACUUCUGAAGGAGAAGAAGCCUAAAGUCAAGAAACCAAAAUCAGAGUUCCCUGUAUACAUGGUUCUGGAGUCAAGUGCAUACGUACCAUCAUAUGAUCAUGGAGCAUCCAUUGAAGAGAUUGAGGAACAGAUGGAUGAUUGGUUGGGAGGCAGGAACAGAACACAAAAAAAGAAGGCACCUGAAUGGACAGAGGAGGACCUCAGCCAGCUGACAAGAAGUAUGGUUAAGUUCCCAGGGGGGACUCCAGGUCGAUGGGAAAAGAUUGCUCACGAAUUGGGUCGAUCAGUGGCAGAUGUUACGAUGAAAGCCAAACAGCUGAAGGAAUCUGUUACAUAUACACCAGGUAUCAUAAGGCUCUCCGAGCUUAAAACGCUGGCCCAGAAUUCCAAGAACGUCAAAGUCAAUGUGAAUUUGCCGGACCACAUAAUCACCCAGCGAGAAAGGGAGGAGGAAGAGGAGGAGGGGAACUGCGAUCAUAUCCCAGAGCAGAUGGAUGUCCAAAUAGAUCAAAGGGAGGCCAUUGCAAGUGAAACUAGACAUCGCAAACGAAAAACUGUCAAAGCACCUGACAUGGCUCUACCAGCAAUGAAAGAGGUCCCAGAAGAGAAGGGCAGAGGAAGACGCCAGAAAGAUUUUGAUAACACUGAGCAAGAGGAAGAGAGUGAUGAUGAGAGCAGAAAAAGAGAGAAAAGCCGUGCCCCAGAAGAACUGUGGACUCAAAAUCAGCAGAAACUUCUUGAAAUGGCCUUGCAGCAGUAUCCAAAGGGGACGUCGGAUCGCUGGGAUAAAAUAGCAAAGUGCGUUCCUGGAAAAAGCAAGGAGGAGUGUAUAGCAAGAUACAAGUUGCUUGUUGAACUGGUACAAAAGAAAAAAAUGGCUAAAAGCUGAAUGUUCUGAGCAGAAGAGAUUUAGUUUAUCUUUGUCAAAAUGGGGUUUUAAAUCUCAUAUGCAGGAAACUGCAUUUUUGUACCUCAGUAUUUCUAUACGUCAUGUGCCUUAGUAAAAGAAUAUUUCAAUAAAUCUUAUACCAUCCUAC